GUCAAAAUAUAAAAGAAUUAAACAAAAAUGGUUAUUGUGUUAGAUUUCAUUGCAUAUUAUAGCACAAUCCAUCUGUAAUCUCUUAGUUAUGAGUAAACCCAAGGAACAGUUGGAGGGACCAAAGAACUAUUAAUCUGGGUGUAUUGCAAUAAAGAACAUCCUGAACCUUGACCUUAAAAAAUUACUGCUGUUAAAACCUAUAAAAACACAACCUGAGUUAAUCAUAUGUGUAUAUGCAACAGACUUAGAGAGAGAGGAAACCCAGAUGUGCAUAUUGACAUUUUGCAGCAUGGACAAGCCUGCGGGUUCUGCCCAUUGCUAGACCUGGUCUUCCUAAAACUGCGAUUAGCCACAGAUGGUGUCACUACACUACCAGGAAGACAUACCAGUCCAUUGACUCGGAGACCUAUUGUAGGAGCAGGGAAAUGUGCCAUCAACCAUAGGAGUUUUAUAAUAUACUCCUAUUUCAUUAUUCUUGUUUUCAAAUUAGAGUAUGAACUUUUUAAUUCUGACUCAAUGUAUACUGCUGUAUGGGACAUUCUCUACCUUGGGCAAAACUGUCGGUAAAAAGGGUAGGAAAAUUGUGAUAUAUUUAUUAUAGAUUUUUUUAAAUAAUUGAAAUAAUCUCAAUUUUCUAACUUUAAAAAAGUUGCUUUUUUGUUUAUUGUAAAGGCAUAUGUUUAAUGUAUGAAAAGGUUUGCAAGAAAGUAAUGUGCAGCAAACAUAUAAUAUCUGGACUCUGUUAUCCUUAGAAUUUAACAUGAGACACAACUUUACAUGUGUAUUGUUAUUACAAUAGAAAAGACUUGAAUUUACUGAUAAAUGACCAACUCUUUCAUCACCCUCAUUUCAGAUACAAAAUGGAUAAGUCAGUGUUUCAAUGUGAAGACAGGUCAGCCCCUGAUCACAAUGACAUGUGAGCAGCCUCCAGGGACAGCCAUGAUUCUAAUGAAGAAUGCUUUUCAUGGCAAGGCGACCAACAGGCACUGGGCGUCUUUUGACAGCUCCAAGUGUUACAAAGCCAAUGGGGUGGACAGUAAGUGCAUCUACUGCCCUGAGGACUGCAUUGAUGACUCCCUGACCAUGGCCUAUGACUGGACCAAAUGUACGGGGACGUCCAACUGCACACACUAUGUCAUGCAAACCAACAUGCCAAAAUGUCCCAAGCAAUACAGCGAUUAUCUCUACUUGGAGUAUGUGUGCAUUCCAAAGGUAGAUGUGUUUGAUGUGUGCUCCCAGCCAGAGAGAUGGGUCAGGGAUGGGUACAUCAGUUCUCCAAACUACCCCAACCACUACCAGGCAUCCCAGGCAUGCAAGUGCUCCCUGGAGGCUUCCUGGGGAGAGAGUGGAGUGGAGUUCCAAAUAUAUGAACUUUUGCUGGAGGAGAACAAGGAUAAGGAAUUUUCAACACAACAAUGA